UCGUUGGAGACGGCGGAGGCUGAAGCGGGAAGGAAAUUACAGACAAGAAAAGUUAGAUGUGGAAACUCUAAUCUCACGGUGUCUGACAAACGGAGAAGGUCUUUAGAUUUAGAAUGGCCUGAAAUCAAACAAACAUAAAUAGCAAGCGUUGUUCGGUAAAUAAAACAACACUUCUCGUUUUAUGUACUCGUUCAUUUUGCUAGCAAAACACAAGGUGAAGCAUCAGUCCGCAGGUGGAUAUCUGACUGACGGUGUCCGAUGGCCUCCAAAGGUUGGCAGCAUCCUUACGUUAACAUAUUCAAACAUGUCAAGGUAGAGAACUGGAAAAAGUCAGCUAAAGUCGGAGAUGUCUCAUCGCACAUGGACAAGACUCUGAAGUGUCCAGUGUUUUGGAUCAAGGGGGUUAGUCCUACCAACAGCUACAUCCUGCUUCCCAAGAACACCAACCACUCUCUGGAGCUGACUGGUCGCUACUUUUACCUUCUCUUCAGGCCUAGUCCUGGCAAAUACUUUGUGGUCCACCUUGAUGUCGCUGUGGAGGAAGGCCGAGUGGUCCGUAUUUCCUUUUCCAACAUGUUUGAAGAGUUCAAGUCCACACCUAUAUGGCUUCAGUUUCCUUUCUUGUGUGGUGCUGCAAAGGAUUCAGCUUUUGACAGCACCUCCAGAACUGCAAAGCAUGGUGUAGUUGGUCCAGCUCCCAGUUCAGUGCGUUGGACUUGUCUAAUGAUGGAUCUGCAGUUCACACUCUCUGUCUACCUCAAUCGCCACUACAGUCACCUGAAGAGCAUCAAGCUUUGUGCCAACAUGGCUGUGAAAAACAUGUUUACCACUGACUUGCUUCUCGAUCCGGGUGUGUCCUUUAGUCAAGCAAAGCAGAGAGGUCUUUCCUCCUCCCAGGGAACGGGUCCGAUGCCCAGAGAGAUGUCCUUCCCAGUACCCAGAGGAGGCUCCUGGAAUGACCUCUAUGAUUACAUAAAAUUUCCAUCAGAAGACACAAAGUUGCCAUUUGACUCAAUUCAAAAGGAUGAUCCAAGGCCAGCAGCUCGAAGUGCCUCAUGUGUACUGAGUCCACUGAGUGAGGAGUCUCACUGUGUCACAAUCAGCAAACCAGGUCCGGACUAUUCCUCCAGUCAGCAGGUCACCAAUCCCGAACCAUUCCCAGGGAAUAAAGCCCCUGUGGUCUCCAGCUUGCCUGAUUUGGGUGCUUCCUCUGCUAACCAGAAGUACCGCCUUUUCCACGACAAUGUUCACCUUCAGGGUUCACUCCCCUCCAGUUCACACCCUCUCACAUCCAGCCCACCAUGUGUCACUGAAGAUGGUGGGAUUCAUGUGUACGUUCAUCCAGAGGAUGAUCUCGGCUCACAGGGAGAGGAGAGUGAAGAAGAGGUGGUGAUCUGUCCAGUUCCACAUCCUGUGUCUGUGUCCUUGUCAAAAAAUAUCAAACAGCAGAAGCUGCUCCCAGACCCAAUCCUCAAGCUCCGACGAAUCAUCGGCUUUGGAGGAGCCACCAGUAGACACGCCUUGUGGACCAAAUCAGGUGAUGCGGUGGUGUAUCCGUGUCACGCAAUCAUUGUCUCUAUGAAGAUUUCCUCCAGUGAGCAGAGGUUCUUUGUUGGACACACCGAUAAAAUUUCUGCUCUGGCCUUCAACGGCAGAACAACGCUGCUGGCGUCAGCUCAAACUGGCAACAACAGCCUAGUGAGACUGUGGAGCUACAGUGAAGGAAACUGUGUGACCAUGUUCAGGAGUCAUUCUCAUUCCUUAUCCUGCCUCAGCUUCUCAUACAGUGGCAGUAUUCUCUGUGGAGUGGGUAAAGAUAGCCACAACAAAACUAUGGUGGUGGUGUGGAACACCUUAAAUGUUAGUAAAGGUGGAGAGGUGACCGUCUUAGCCAAAGCGCACACAGAGGUGGACAUUGGCACCAUGAAAGUGGCCUUCUUUGACGAUACCAGGAUGGUCUCGUGUGGGCGUGACAAUAUUCGUCUGUGGAGGGUGCGGAAUGGGACACUGCGCUCCUGUCCGGUCAACCUGGGUGAAUACCACUCGCUGGAUUUCAGCGAUGUGGCUUUUGAGGAGGGAAGCUCCUCGGACAAGUAUUACGAUGAUCGUACACUGUUUGCCAGCACUCGGAGUGGUCAUAUAUUUGAGAUAGACUACAGCAGAGUUGUUAUAAAAAACGUGAGGAAGUUGUUGCCCGCUCAGCAGCAGCAUGCAGAACGCAGGGAGAAACUGACCUUUAACACAGGUCCAGGAAUCCCCAUCAACAGCAUCAGUGUGUCUUCAUCAUUCUGUGCCACGGGCUCUGAAGAUGGCUUCCUGCGGCUCUGGUCCCUGGAUUUUUCUGCUGUCCUUUUAGAAGCUGAGCAUGAGGGACCUGUGAGUGAGGUGCUGGUCUCAUCCGACAGCCUUCAGGUCCUGGCAGCCACGUCUACAGGUAACCUUGGUUUCCUGGAUGUCCGCAGCCGAGGCUACAACACUCUAAUGAGGUCACACACAGACGCCGUGCUUGGCUUCAGCGUGGAUGGCAUCCGUCGGCAUCUCACAACAGCCUCCUCUGAUGGAACAGUGCGCGUUUGGAGUUUGGAUUCUCUGCAUCAGCUGUAUGACUUUGUGUCUGAUGACAGCCCGUGCUGUGUGGCCUUCCAUCCACACGAGCAAACAUUUUCUUGUGGUUUCAGCUCCGGGAUUGUCCGGGUUUUUGACAUUGCCAGCUCCAAAUUACUGGCUGAACACAGACAUCACAGAGGAGAGGUGAUUGGUUUAGUCUUUUCUUCAGAUGGGGAGUACAUGUACAGCGCUGAUUCAGAGGGUUCCCUGGCUCUUUAUAACGCCUCAGAGGAAGAUCACACUGUGAUUAGAUUUGCAUGUAAUGUUGUGGCUCGAGGCUCUGAGCGCUCUCCAGACGCCCUCACGGUCAGCAGAGACAGUUGCUGCCUAGCUUUUGUCGGUCCCUCUGAGUACAUCAUCACCAUCGCUGAUGCGUGGUCUCUAGAUGAGUUGCUUCACGUAGAUGUGAGUAUUUUGGAUGCAGAGAGCUCCCAGUUGGACUCUGCUCUGAAGGUCUGCUUCUCUCCGGUCUUCACUGAACACUUACUGAUCGCAACGUCUGCUAACAAGGUCCUCUGGGUCAGCACAAAGACGGGUCGUCUGCUCCGAGAGGCGUCCAAGGUGCACAAACACCUGUGCUCGUCCUUGGCUGUGAGUGAAGAUGGUCGAUUUCUGCUCACAGCUGGGCACAACGCCAUCAAAGUGUGGGAUUACAACAUGCAAUAUCAUCAUAACUCACAGAUGUAUAUCGGACACAGUCGGCCCAUUCACCAGCUCAGCUUCACUCCCGACCAGUUAGGGGUCAUCUCAGUGGGGGACGCCAUAUUCAUUUGGGACUUCCUGGGAAAUCCUGCAGAUCAAUCGGCCAACAAUUGCUCUCUUCUAAAUUUAAGCAACGCCUAUUCUCUGAAAGCAGGGGAAGUCAAAGAAGUGCAGCUGUCCAAUGGGAUUCCUCGUCAGACAGCGCCGCUCCCCUCCUCGCAGCCUCAGCUGGAUGUCAGCCCCUUGGACCACGUGGUCCAGAGUGGUUUGGGUUGUUUGUCUGUUUCUGAAGACGUCCCGACAAACCCAACAAUUCCAGGUCAUGGCUCUAGUCCAGGUCCAGCUGCUGAUCCCAGAUCUGCUGUUUCCGUUCUCAAAGUCACAGUCCUGGAGAACCCGUCUUCUCUGAAUCCAAAACAUGCAGAAUCCAUUGAGUUGAACGAGAACUCACCCGAGCGUCCAGAUUGCUACAAGCACUUCAUCCCACGUUUCAAGACUUCUUCCAUUUAUCAGAGCAUUGCAACUCCCCAACCACCAGCAGAAGGCAUGAAGCUGAAGGCAGUAAUUGGAUACAACGGGAACGGCCGGGGCAACAUGGUGUGGAGCCCUGAUCAAGGCCUGUUUGCCUACUCCUGUGGCUGUGUGGUGGUGGUGGAGUACCUUCACACAGGAAGUCAGAGACACCUGCAGGGCCACAGCGAGGAGAUCUCUUGUCUUGCACUCACAAACGAUGGACAGACCAUGACAUCAGCAGCUAGCAGCAGCAGCGGCGGCAGGAGUCUCAUCUACAUCUGGGAUGUUCAGAGUGGAGCGCGUCGCAGUAUUAUCUCAUACCACAAGGGAGCGGUGCAAAGUCUUGCUUUCUCCAGGGAUGACCUCCUAUUUCUUUCUGUUGGAGAUUUCACUGACCCGGGUUUGGCGCUGUGGAGUAGUAAAGAUUUCCAGUUGGUGUGCAGUGUGAGCAUGUCGGGACCGAUCCAUGACGCCGCCUUCAGCCCCUCAGCAGCUAGUCACAUGGCCUGUGUGGGCAGCCAGGGGGUCCACUUCUGCCUCAUCCAGUCACAGGGCCACAAUGUAGACCUGAAUGUCAAAAGUGUGGCAGCACCUGCAGAAGUGGGUGAUGUGGAGCUGACAGCUCUCUGCUAUCACAUGGAUUCCUUCUUGUUCACGAGCACAAACAAGGGUCAGGUCUGUGCAUGGGACAUCACCACUCUGAGCUGCCUUAUGGUCUGGGAAGCUGAUGAUGGAGAAAUAGGAGUGCUGCUGUGUCGAGGAAAUCGUUUGCUGACGGGCAGCAAGGCCCACCGGCUACGGCUGUGGGACGUAGAGGCCUUACAGGGCUCAGAGACCAAGGGAAACAUCUGUAGUGUCGACCGGUAUGAAACCAGUGGGACUAAGAUGGUGGUGGAGCAGGAGCUAACGCUAGAUGGGAUGCUGGUCAGUGCAGCGUUUGAUAUCUCCAUGGAGAUGGGCAUUGUUGGUACCACAGCAGGAACACUCUGGUACAUCAACUGGUCUGACAACAGCAACAUCCGUCUGGUCAGUGGUCACCAGAACAAGGUCAACGAUGUUGUUUUCAGCUUUGAUGAGAGCCACUUUGCCACCUGCAGCGAGGACGGCAGCGUGAGGGUGUGGUUGACCUCCAGCUACGAGCUGGUGGUGCAGUUCCAGGUGCUCAACCAGGCCUGUGGCUGUGUGUGCUGGAGCCCUUCUAGCAAAAACAGCUCGUGUCUGGCAGCAGGAUACAGCGACGGGACCGUGAGGAUUUUCCGUCUUGCUUCGACGGAGAUGGAAAGAAAGCUACACCCUCUUCACGUGGCUGUCACUGCUAUCCAGUACUCUGCUAGUGGCGAUGUGAUCAUUUCAGCAGGAGAGAACGGCCUGGUGGCUGUGAGCAGCUCGCUAGACGGAGCAACAGUUCAUGUCAUCAGAGACCAUAAAGGAUCCAUUGUUUCCUCGAUCCAGUGUGUGAAUAAACAGGUCAGCCGCUGGAGCCAGGACAAAACGGGAGGAGGUGAAACGUGGUUGGCCGUGAGUGCCGACAGACGAGUCAGUGUGUGGGCCUCUGAUUGGUCGAAGGAGAAAUGUGAGCUACUGGACUGGCUGUCAUUUCCUGCUCCAGCAAACUUUAAGGGCGACAGCCUGCCCCCCAGCCUGGCUGCCUUCUACCCAGCAGAUCCCAGUGUGGUGGUCUACACUGGUUAUGGAGCAGAGAAAGAGCUGUCCUUUUACAGCCUGACUAAAAAACAGAUAGUAAAAAAGAUCUCUUUGCCCCACUGGGCCACGUGCAUGAGCCUCUCCUCUAAGAAUCAACUCUUAGCUGUUGGGUCUAAAGAGCGAGUGCUGAAGCUGAUCCGGACAGACAGUGGCAGGUUUCAGGACGUCUCGCUGCACAGCGACUCUCUGCAGACGUGCCACUUCUCUCCCACUGGGACGCUGCUCUUCUCUGUGGCUUUUGAUGAGGUCAUGCUGUGGGAGGUGCAUAGUCUCUGAGGACAUCACAUAUUCGACACUUGUUCACUACCAUAUCCACCAGGCUCUAAUGUUAUUAACUUUUCAUGUCCUCAUCAGGUUUUUAAGGUGUUUUGUCACAUCUGAUUGUAAAAUAAAGUUUUAUAUGGAAGAUAUUCUGUUUCAUGGCAUGUUGUUUCUAACGAUGAAUGUUUUAAUGGUUAUUCUAAUGUUUUUAGAUGCAGAUGAGUGAUCUACAGCUGCUGGGAUUGUUCUAGAUCACACGUGAUGGAAUUAGAACAGCCUGUAUUAAUGCUUAUGGUUGUACAGGGCUGCAUAGUAGUGCAUUUUACUGUGUUAACGAGAAGGUUGUGUGUUUGAAUCCCCGCUGUGUGGAGUUAGCAUGUUCUCCCUGUGUAGACCAAAAACCUGCAUAUAGGUUAACUGGAGACUCUAAAUUGUUUCUGAGUGAGUGAGUGAGUGAGUGAGUGAGUGAGUGAGUGCGUGCGUGCGUGCGUGAGUGAGUGAGUAUGGUUGUCUCUGUGACAAACUGGAGACCCGUCCUCCUGCCUCAUGAAUGAUGGAGAUGGACUUCAGCUCUCCACAACCUUACUGAGGAGGAAGCAGUGAGUGACAGUCUAAUUUUACCUCAGACGACCCAGAUUCUAUGAAUUAUCUUUACAGAUUUAUAAAAACUUUUUUACACCUUGACCUUUGCUCUGUCUGUGUUUUUUGUCAGAUUCUGGAUUGUACUGAUGGGAAAAUUCAAAUUCAUUUAGCUAAUCCUUUCCAUCUCUUUUUAAUUAAUGAAACGCAGCAGCUUGUCCAGACCAACGAGCACAGACUUCUGUUGCACCGCUGUUUAUUGUAGAAAUGGAAAUUUAUGUUCUUUUUCUCAGGACUGACAAAUGAAAAAUUAAAAUAGGAGUAUAUUUAAAGAGUCUUGCUUUUCUAUUCUGCUGUUGUGAGGGAGACAGCAGGUUUUCUAAAGGGGGUUUAAGUUUGUGUCAUCUUCACAUCAGUGUGGCAUUUUUCUAUGUAUUUAUUUUUCAUCUUAAAAACAUUUUAGCUGUAAUUCUCCCAUUAAAAUGACAGAUGUGGCUGGUGUGUGUCUUGGUUGAAUCUGGACUGUAGGAACGUGACGUUUUCAGAUUUGACGUCAAAAACAACUCU